UAGUUUAAAUAGUAGGUCUUUUGGAAAUUAUAAAUUGUUCAAUAAAAAUAGCUGCUAUUGCCUAAGUUUAAUAAUGUCAUUUGAUUAUAAAAUACGUUCGACUUGCGUUAAUGAUGCCAAUAAAGAUGUACUUGAAAUGAUAAGUAAAAAUGUCGAUACAAUUCUAGCUUUAUCCUCAGCUGAUCCUGAUUUGAGGAACUAUGCACUGAAGUUUAAACUUGAACAAGCGGCUGACAAAGCUGUCUUUGACUCGGUUUCUGAAACUGUAGACGAAAUGGAGCAUAUGAAGAAAGUGUUGGAGCGAAUGAUCAACCUAGCAUUGGCUGUUGCAACACAUAUUUUAAAACGUACAUUAAAUGAUAAAAGGAAUAUAAACAUUGAACUAGAUUCUGUUUCACAGAUCUCCACUGAUUUAUUACAAAGUGACAGUGUAGAGGAUUUUGCUGAAGGAUCAUAUGGUUGGCUAGAAAUCGGAGCACACUUGUCUUAUGUAUCAACUGACCUUUUAUCAUUAGUCCUUGUAAGCCACACUAAGCUGCGACAACCGUUGCAGAUGUAUAUGUUAGAAAAAGGUAUGCUACAUUACAUAUCUGAUGCCCUUAAUAUACAACGUGAGCAUGAAAUUACUUAUUUUCAGGAAGGGUACAAAACCGAGCAUAUGCGACUCAUAGCAAACUUAUGCUUUGAUAAUACAGAUUGUAGUAAAGUUUUAGUUGGUGAUGAUAAUAUUCUGAAAGAAAUUUUGUCCGCAACUCGUAUUGAUGAGGACAAUCCAGGAAUGGUUGAAUGGGCAGAAUUUGCGAUAAGAAACCUUUGCGUCUCUACUUAUGAGGCACAAGAAAAGCUUAAACAAUUAACACCGGUACGACUUUCAGAUGAUAGCAAACAGUGUCUCAAUGGAAGGGCCACAUAUAGUUUUGAUCAUUCAGGCAAGCUACAUAUCGAGUUUACCAAACACUAAAUUCUAUACCAAUAUAUAUUUCUUGCUACCUGAAAAUAUAAAAAUAUAUGUGCAUAUUUUAUUACCUUUGCAAUAUCUACUAUGGAUUCUCUUAGGAAAAGAAACCUAGAGGGAAAAGUCAAAAAAAUAAACAGAGACUGAAAA